AUGUUCCCAAUUUCGUUGAUCGUGCUCUCGAUCGUUGUACCGCGGAUCUUCUGCGGUUCCGAGUCGAUUAUCCUAGAGGGCGAGAAUCGGUCAGGCUCCUCUUUGACGGAUAUCCUGCGGAAAAAGAUUGAUUCUGCCCGCGUGACCCUUAACGACGAGAAAACGAGCGAGGGGGACAGCUUCGCGAGGGACAGGGGCCAGGCGGGAUUCAAGGAGUUUAUGCUGGACGAGAGAAAGUACGACGAGCAGGACACCGCGCGCAAAGGUCACGACAAAGGACAGCACAGCUUAGGCGAGUCCGAAGCCAUCGAUCAAGGGAGGAAUGCUUUUGAACGUCACGGGAGCGGGUACUACAAAAACGGACACCAUAGGACCGGUUUCACCAACAACUACCAUAAAGACGAGUCGGGUAAUAACUCGAGCUUUUACGAGGACAGUGACGACGAGGGGGGCCAUAGGUCGUCCGGGAACACCGGCGUUUAUUAUGGCCAGAAAUCGCAGGACUCGUUCAGGGAUGGGGCCCGCGACGCUGCUUACAGCGGGAAGGAUCGGAGCCUACAAGGCUCCUAUGACAAUAGGCGAAAUUACAAUGAUUAUCGCGAUCACACCGGAGGCUACUAUAAAGAUCGGUACAAAGAUGACAGAAGGAACUACCUGCAAGACGAGGCGGGACAUUACAUCGAUCGAAAUGGGAACGAGAUAUAUCGCAGAGAAAAGUUGUACCCAACUUUCCGUAAUAAUCAUUAUUUCGUACAACCAUUCAGACAUUCCCAUUAUGACGUAGAUUUCACACCCAGAAAUUACUACACAGAUGAUCCUUACGUACUUGAUUCGAAAAAUGAUAGAUAUUUUCCUACCAGCCGACUGGAUUACGAGUAUGAGCCACAUUAUCCUUACAGGGGUCAUUACGAUAGAAUUUAUCCGGAUGAUGUUUACGACCAUGGAUAUACAAACAAAUACAGAAUUGGUUUUAACAAAAGAUAUAGAUUUUAAUACAUGUUUAUAAAAU